GCCACAACCGAAGGAUCGCAGAGGUAAUACUGCUUCGCUCUCUUUACCCUCUAAACUUCACUUUUUUUUGCUGCUUUUAUUAUCUUUCCAUUGCACGUAAUAGCACUGCGGAGCUGGCUAUAUUUAUAUCUACCAUCAUCAGAUUACAACGAUCACAACUUAAUUUGGGCAUUUAACAUUUUGUGACUGACUGUCCGAAUGUAUUAGAAGCUAUAAAAGAUUUUGUAAUCUGAAAUACUUAAUUGCAAUCCUAUUUGCCGGUAUGCUUGCGUUUCUUGCCGGGUUGAUGUGCUUUUUCGCGCUUGGGGGAGGGUCUGUGGCACGUGGCCAGGAUGCCAAGGGUACCCGCUUUGUGUGCACAUCCAUCCCCAUUGACGCUGAUCCCAGCUGCCAUCUGCCACCUAUACCCAUGCAGAGCACGAGCCCUCAAGAGGACGACCUUAGGAACACCGUGAUGCAGCUCCGGGAGACAAUAUUGCAACAGAAAGAGACCAUCGUGAACCAAAGGGAGACUAUCAAGGAGCUUACAGGUAAACUGACCCGGUGCGAGUCUGCCUCUGAGACCACAAUACUAGAUGCCAAGUACAACCAAGGGUCGUGGAGAAAGGACUUCAGUAAAACCAGUGGCAAAGACACCAUGGGAGAUCUUCCACGGAACCCGAGUGAGACCAUCGAUAAUCUCGGUAGGACAAUGCAAUCAUUAAAGGACAGGCUGGAGAAUUUAGAGCAACAACAGAUGCGAGCCAAUAUGUCUGGUGCAGCUUUUCCUAAUGAGCUUCGUGACCUUCUACAGAGAAGACUUGGAGAUUUGGAAAAUCAGCUUUUGAACAAAGUGUCUGAACUUGAGGAUGAGAAAUCCAUGUUGUACAAUGAGACCGCAGCACAUCGCCACAGGACAGACGCUGCCCUGAAUACACUGCUGGAACGAAUUACUGAAUUAGAAAAAGGUAACAGUGGAUUUAAGUCUCCUGAGGAUUUCAAGGUGUCUCUGCCCCUGCGCACAAACUAUCUCUAUGGACGGAUCAAGAAGUCCCUCCCAGAGAUGUACGCCUUCACCGUCUGCAUGUGGCUGAAGUCCAGCGCCAGUCCCGGGAUUGGAACCCCAUUCUCCUAUGGGGUUCCUGGGCAAGCCAAUGAAAUCGUGUUGAUUGAGUGGGGAAAUAAUGCAAUAGAGCUGCUCAUUAAUGACAAGGUUGCUCAGCUCCCUCUAUCAGUCAGUGAUGGUAGGUGGCAUCACAUCUGUAUCACUUGGACAACCAGGGAUGGCCUUUGGGAGGCAUACCAGGAUGGAGAGAAACUUGGCUCAGGGGAGAAUCUGGCCCCCUGGCACCCAAUUAAACCUGGAGGAGUUAUUAUCCUGGGUCAGGAACAGGACACUGUUGGAGGGAGGUUUGAUGCCACUCAAGCCUUUGUUGGUGAGAUGACUCAGUUUAACAUCUGGGACCGGGUCCUGAAAGCCCAGGACAUCAUGAGCAUGGCAAACUGCUCCUCCAACAUGCCUGGCAACGUCAUCCCCUGGGUCGACAACAAUGUAGAUGUGUUCGGAGGAGCAACAAAGUGGGCCUUGGAAAUGUGCGAGGAUCGACUGUACGACUCCUAACCGCGGAGACCAUCUCCCUUGGAGUCUGCCCCCAUCACGGAUUUCCCCAGAUUAAUUCCUGAAGUUUGGGAAAGGAAUGAGGCAAUGGGACUGUGGUGCGGUUGUGAUGUUAGAUUGAUCAAAUCUCUACUGUGUAUUCAAAUACAGUCAUCCUCGGUUAACUCGACACCCCAUGGGGAUGCCAUUUAGUGUUGAUUUAUCCAAGGUGUCGCGUUAACCACGGGUGCACAUGAGCCAUGGCAUUAACAUGCAUAUAAGUAACAGAAUGCACACGCUUACAGUAUUACAGUAUCUACAAGUUUAUUUUGCUAAAUGUCCUUAUGAAAUGGUUGAAAGAACUGCAGUGAAUAAAUCAAUUACAGUAUACAGUACUGUACAAACUCAGUACAACUUGUAUAGUUCAAUUGAAAUAAGAAUUAAUAAAAUAACUACAGCAUUAUUUUUACGAUAGUAAUCCAACCACAAACUUUUGACUAUACUUUUAGGUAUUGGCUUGUACUGUCUAAUUUGACGGCUUAAAUAGCAAAAGUUAACAAAUGUACUUCAUACAGAAUUAAAUCGGUGAACUAAAACAAUAAGAAACAACCUACAGAAAUCAAGCAAUGUCGAUUGUUUCGCAUGCAAAAACACGCGCUUUGAAAGUUUUGCUGACAAGCUUGUUAUCCCGAAUAACCUGAGCUUUAAAGCCAAUUGAACGAGAACUCAUUUUUACUGUACAUUAAAACAGGAAUCAACCAUAAGCACAGAAUGUCCUGAGCACUUGCACAGGCUUUCAAUGUUUCAAAGAUUUGUGUAUUCUUUCAUUGAAAGGAUUUCAAUGCUUCAAUAAAAACAGCAUUGUUUGUUGUGCUUGUGCUCACAUACCCACAAGAUGCACAUUAACCAAGUAAACCUCACCUAGCAGAAAGCAAGAAUAAAAGUUUAGGGAUUAUAAAGUGGUGGUGGUAUAUAAAUAAAGGCUUGUUCAUACUUCAGUUGAGAAAAAUUCAAUUCUAACCACCAGUCUCCCUUCGAUCAAUCAAUCAAUCAAUCUUUAUUUUAUAUAGCGACUUUCAUAGUGGACCACCAUCACAAAAGCACUUUACAAGAUGCAGUAAAAUCAAGAAAAUGCAUAAUACAUUAAAUACAGUGGAAAGUGCAUAAUACAUGAAAUAGUAGCAGCAACACAACAGCUAAUAGCAUAUAUCAGGCUUAAAGAGCAUGGAAAGCAGGAGAGAACAGGUGGGUCUUGAGAGUUGAUUUAAAGCAAGCGACGGUGGGAGCAUCACGCACCAAAGCUGGAAAGAUAAAUAUCACGCACCAAAGAUAGCCAGACAGUGACUAGAAAGACUAGACUUGGCCCUCAGUGAUGUUCACACAAUUGAAGUAUGAACCAUCCUUUAAGCUAAGGGGUGGGAUGUUGCUGCACUUACCCAGAUCUGCAUUCUAUCCACCAUUCAUUCAUUUCAGUGGAGUUGGUGUAAGUCCACCAUCGCCAUCUUUCGGAUAUUCAGCACAUUACAGCAUACGGUGGAAGUAUCCAAUCCAAAUCCUGUCUCCGGGGGGUAUUUAUCUAAUGUAUCUGAGAAGCAUAGCUCAGCUUCACACUUCAACAUCGGGGAUGUCUUUUAAUGAAUAAUAAGACUUAUUACAAAAGGAAUUCAUCUGGAGAAAAGCAUGUACUAACAUUUCCCUAAUACCAAAUGAAUAAAUGGUGUACUGUUUUUUGGUAAUCUAUGUAUAAAAUUAAAAUACUAUGCCCAUAUUUAAAUACUGUAAUAUUUAUUAAAUAUUUUCAAAUACACUUUUAGGAAUUGCCAGGUGGAGAUUAUUUCUGUAGAUAAUCUUUUAGCUUUGAAAGAAAAGAAGGAAAAGAAAAAAAGACUAAUGUAUAUUUAUAUUCUACUUGAGCUAAUUUGGUUUCACAUGGAAUGCCUGUUUUUAAAUAGCAAUUCCAGAGACAAUGCUUUUCAUUCCUUUCUGAAUGGCCUUUCUCGGUUACUAAGUGCCAAAGCGUGAUUUCAAGGUUUGUGAAAAAGUAAUUGUAUAAUUACUAUAAAUUGUAAAUACUCAUUCUGCUUUAUGAUUUCCUAAAUGAAUAUGUGUUUGCUUUUUGUAAUUGUACCAUAAUUUAGGAUUACGAGAUUCACCAUGGGCUUAGUUGGUUAAAGUUUUAUGGCUUCUAAGAUUACCCAUUUGUGAUUAAUUUGCUUAUUUUUUUAUACAAAAGAAUAAAAAAACAACAAUACAGAUGAAUACAGAGGCCUACAUUUAUAGUAGGCAUGUCAGAAGAGCCGGAAUAUUGCGGCUGAUGUCACUUUAAGAUGUUAUUUUUUACCUUUGAUUCCAAUGGGAUUUUGACUCACUGUAGAUUGUAAUUGCGCUAUUAUGUUUGAAGAGAUUAUAAAACCUUCAAGGGCAUGUUUAACCUAAAUGUUGUUCACACCCCCUUACUUAUAGUAUAUGACAACUGAAAUGAUUGCUUCUACUGACUUUAUUAAUUAAUAAAGCUCAUGUGAUCAUAAUAUAA